AUGACGACCCUGCAGAGCGUGGGCUUGGCGGGCCCCGCCGUGGUGGGGCCGUCAGGAGGCGGCAGGCGAGGGCGGCCUGGCCAGGGCGCUCAUUCCCACCGGGGCCUGGAAGAGACCGAAAUAGUAGAAUUUCAAAAGAUAGUGGGCAGCUUAAUUGAACUUGUUGAUCAACUGGCAAAAGCUGCAGAAACUGAGAAGAUGAAGGCCAUCGGGGCGCGGAACCUGCUCAAGUCCAUAGCCAAGCAGAGGGAAGCUCAGGAGCAGCAGCUCCAGGCUCUGAUAGCUGAGAAGAAGAUGCAGCUGGAAAGGUACCGGGUCGAGUACGAGACGCUGUGUAAAACUGAAGCAGACCAGAACGAGUUCAUUGACCAAUUCAUUUUUCAAAAAUAG